AUGUCGACGGCCGAACCGAAAAUAAUAGGGUCCGUUGCUGCGGUGGCCUCCGUCGGACUGUCAGCGACCACGGUUUUCCUCUCCCUAUUGAUACCUGCCCUCAUCCUGUACUACAUCUACUUCAAGAUCUCUCGUCGGCAUAUGAUCGAGUUAGCAAAUAAGCUACCGGGUCCCGAAGGGCUGCCGCUGAUCGGAAAUGCCCUCAUGCUCCUGGGAAGCUCCGACACCAUAUUCCGUAGUAUAUACAGAAAGUCCUUUGAGUACGACCAAAUCAUCAAGGUAUGGCUCGGGCCGAAGCUGAUAGUCUUCAUCAUGGAUCCGCGCGACGUUGAAGUCAUCUUGUCCAGCCAUAUCUAUAUCGACAAGGCCAGCGAAUAUCGAUUCUUCAAGCCCUGGCUCGGAGAUGGUCUCCUUCUUUCGACUGGUCAGAAAUGGCGCGCCCAUCGCAAGUUGAUCGCGCCGACAUUCCACUUGAACGUGCUCAAAAGCUUCAUAGACCUCUUCAACGCUAACUCUCGUGCCGUGGUGGAGCGAAUGCGCAAGGAAAAUGACAAAGAAUUCGACUGCCACGACUAUAUGUCCGAGUGCACCGUCGAGAUCCUUCUUGAAACCGCGAUGGGUGUCUCCAAGAGUACGCAGGACCGAAGCGGCUUCGAGUAUGCCAUGGCCGUUAUGAAAAUGUGCGACAUCAUGCAUUUGCGUCAUACGAAGAUCUGGCUGAGGCCCGAUUGGAUGUUCAAUCUCUCGAAAUACGGAAAGGCACAGAUCCGUCUGCUGGAUAUCAUCCAUGGGCUGACGAGGAAAGUGAUCGCGCGCAAGAAGCAGGAUUACAAGAACGGCAAACGCAAUGUUAUCGACACCAUCGCACAAGACUCUAACGCUCAAAUCGUCAAGAACACGGUGGAAGGACUUUCCUUUGGACAAUCGACUGGUCUCAAGGACGAUCUUGAUGUGGAAGACAAUGACGUCGGCGAGAAAAAGAGACAAGCCUUUCUUGACCUGCUGAUGGAUGCCGGUCAGAAGGACUCCGUGCUCACAGAUGAGGAAGUUAAGGAGCAAGUCGACACUAUCAUGUUCGAGGGACAUGACACAACCGCGGCCGCAGCGAGCUUCUUUCUGUCGGUGAUGGGUUGCCACUCGGACAUUCAGGAGAAAGUUAUCCAAGAACUCGACGAGAUCUUCGGCGACAGCGAUAGACCGGCGACCUUCCAAGACACGCUGGAGAUGAAGUACCUCGAGCGGUGUCUCAUGGAGACUCUCCGCAUAUAUCCGCCUGUGCCGCUCAUCGCGCGCAACAUUAAGAAGGACUUGAAGCUCGCAUCGGGAGACUACACGCUCCCGGCUGGUAGUACCGUUGUGGUAACGACCUUCAAGAUGCACCGACAGUCGCACCUUUACUCGAACCCGGAAGUCUUCGAUCCCGACAACUUCCUGCCCGAAAAGACCGCCAAUCGCCAUUACUACGCCUUCGUGCCGUUCUCAGCGGGGCCGCGUUCCUGCGUCGGCCGCAAGUACGCUAUGCUCAAGCUGAAAAUCAUCCUUUCCACGAUCAUGAGAAAUUACUACAUCAAGUCCGACAUCAAGGAGUGCGACUUCAGGCUCCAAGCCGACAUCAUCCUCAAGCGAGCCGAGGGCUUUAGGAUCAAACUGGAGCCGAGGAAGAAACCGGCGGUCGCGACCGCUUAGACAUGGCCGCCUCCCCCUCCCCCCGGUCGGAGUCGUUAGUAUAGAGAAUAGUAAACGGUAGUAGAACAGCAGCCCGACAAAUCGCGUGUUUUUUUUUUAUCGGGCGAAACGAAGAAGAUCGACGAGGUGAGAAAAGUUCGAGGAAAGAUGAUGGUGCAUCGGCACGACAACAUUUGGCCGGGGUGUUUCCGCAAAGGGAAUAAACGGUGAAGGGAAAGUCACGGUGGUACUUCGACGCACAAUUUCGCCGCGGCUUCCUCGGUGUAUAUUCGAUUUUAUCGCACCAGCUCACGCUGGGGACAGCGACUGAGUUUGCAACGGACCGAAGAGGUACUUUCGAAAGGAUCCAUUGAACGUUCGUGCGAAGGUGUCGAUGUACCGUAAAAUUUAUGUAAACGACACAGACGCGUGAGAACGUAUGUGAGAGUCAAAUGCUGGCGAGUCCGGUCGAACGAUUCGCGAAGUGCAUCGACUUUCCCUUACUAAACAUUGCUAUACAGAUCGCGCGAUAAGUCUUAGCAUGCAGUUUAUAACAUAGAGUUACUGGUAUUUUCUAGCCGUAUUGUUAUUAUUAAAAAAAAAUGCAACAUUUCCUCUCGAUGAGUCUCGCAACAUAUUUUGUAUCCGAUAGGAAAACGUAUCUCCUGGGAAUUACUAAGAAACAAAUUUUCCUUCUGGACAUGGGAUUUAUCCGGAAAACAGUGUCGCAAGCUUUUUGUGACUGGCAAUGCAGAUUCGUUUUUGAACGUUUACUUUAGUUUACUUGGUAACUUUAGAUGUACCGUUUUUACGUUCAGCAGAGAAAGCGGCUUACAAAGCAUUUUGUGAUUAUUGUCCAUUGAUUGGAGUAUUCUUUCGGAUCUUCCAUAAAACCUAGGAGAAUGUACCAAUCGGAAGCAAGAAUCACAAAGCGUCUAUUAAAUUGCUUUUUUCGCUGGGCGUAAACAUUUACAACUGUCGGAAGUUUUCCAAAUUAAGAUUGGAUCGUUCUUUCAACAACAAAAAAUCCCAGCAGUUGUGAAAUAAAGCUUUCUGCUGAACGCGGCUGUUAAUCGAUCAGUGACGCGCAAGAUUGAAAAAUCCUAAUAACCUGAUUGGGCGUCAACGUAUUGAGGCUAUUGUAUCGAUUUAUAAAUGUUGAUUUACUGUAAAUAUAAUCUUUCUCGAUUGACAGCGCAUGUUAUGUCCAGAUAUUCGUGUCGGUGGGAUCGCGUCUUGCGAAUAAAACAAACGCGUCGGACAAAUCGCGGACUACGCGGAUGUAUAUUAAACGUUAUAUAUUUUACCGAUCCGUAGUCGUCGAUCGUUUUACGGUUGCGCCGAUUAUUCACGGCUGAUAUUUAUAAUCUCGCGAUAAAUUUACGCGGCGUUCGCGCCGCGAAAUCUGAUAUUCGCGCAACCUUUCC